AAACAAAUUAAACUAGGAACCAUAAUUGAGAGGCUGCUGCCUCUGACAAGGAUGUCUAUCGUCUUCUACCUUCAAUCCCAAUACGUCCAGCCACGAGUUCGACGUCCUCCUCUGCUUCCGACAAGGAUGUCUGCCUCCGACAAGGAUGUCUGAAGUCUUCCCCGAGACAAUAAGACUUCGACUUUCUCCUCUGCUUGUUAUCGGGUCAUCCUCUUUGUCUUUCUCCUCUGUGUUUUUCAUCGGACGACCAUCAACAAUGGCGGGUGAUCAGGUGAGGAACAAGCAGGUCAUCCUCAGGGACUUCGUGGAGGGCUUCCCCAAGGAGUCUGACAUGUACAUCGUGACGGGCACGGUGAGGCUGGCCGUCCCAGAAGGGUCCACCGCCGUGCUGGUGAAGAAUCUCUAUCUGUCCUGCGACCCCUACAUGCGGAACUGCAUGUCGAACCUCCUCGGUAGCUACAUCGAGAGCUUCAAGCCUGGCUCUUCAUGCGAGACGAAGUACACUCAUAUUUGUGCUUCUUGUGUUUCAACUGUUCACGGGGUUGAAUGGUUGCAGCCAAUAUCUGGACACGGGGUGUGCAAAGUUAUUGAUUCGGGGCACCCAAAAUUCAAGAAGGGAGACUUGGUCUGGGGGAUGACCGGGUGGGAAGAAUACUCACUCAUCACUGCUCCAGAAACUUUGUUCAAGAUCGAGCACACGGAUGUGCCCCUCUCCUACUACACUGGUCUCCUCGGAAUGGCCGGGAUGAGUGCAUAUGCUGGGUUUUUCAAGGUGUGCUCUCCGAAGAAGGGAGAGACCGUCUUCAUUUCAGCAGCAUCUGGGGCAGUAGGUCAACUUGUUGGCCAGUUUGCAAAGUUGACAGGAUGCUAUGUUGUUGGAAGCGCCGGUAGCAAAGAGAAGGUUGACCUGCUGAAGAACAAGUUCAAGUUUGAUGAUGCUUUCAAUUAUAAGGAAGAGCCCGACCUGAAUGUUGCCCUCAAAAGAUACUUCCCAGAUGGGAUCGACAUCUACUUCGAGAAUGUGGGGGGAAAGAUGCUCGAUGCAGUGCUGCUCAACAUGAAGGUACAUGGGCGAAUCGCAGCGUGUGGGAUGAUCUCACAGUACAACCUCAAGCAGCAUGAGGGGGUCCACAACCUCAUCCAGAUUGUCGUGAAACAGAUCCGAAUGGAGGGUUUCCUGGUCUUCGGGUACUAUUCGCAGUACCCGGAGUACCUCGAGAUGGUAUUGCCUCAAAUCAGAGAAGGGAAGAUAGCAUACGUUGAAGACAUAUCUGAGGGCCUCGAGAGCGGCCCGGCAGCGCUAAUUGGGCUCUUCUCAGGCAAAAAUGUCGGGAAGCAAGUGGUCGCAGUUGCUCGUGAAUAAGCGGCCUACUAAUAUUUCGAGGGAUGCUUUCAUUUAUCUAGUUGGUACUGCAAAUAAGAGUCCUCUGUUCUUUUUGGUUUCCGUUUUGUUGUCUAAUACUAACGCGGGUUACUGAGGCAAGCUUCGGUAUAAUGAUUUAGAAUCAAACAAACUCUAAAAUAAUGGUUCGAGACAUAUCAGUGAUACUAAUGCAGGUUGCCACGAUAACUUCAUGGUAAAAA